UCUCACCAAAUUGCCCAGGCUAGUCUCAAAUUCCUGGCAACAAGCGAUCCCACCACCUGGCUGCCCAAUGUGCGGGCAUUAUAGGUGUGAGUCACCAUGCCAGCCCUCUUGUAGGAGAAUUUUCAUACAGUACCUGGCCACAGUGACCCUGUGGUAAUUUCUCGUGCUUAGGUGCAUCUCGAUCCUGACAGUACCCUGAGAUCCUUAUUUUCCUCCUGAGCAGGAUUGGCAGUGGGGGGCACUUUGCCGUCCCCUCGAGAAGUGACUCUUACAGAGCGGCUCCUGGAUGGCCCACCACCUCAUUCACCAGAGACUCUUCAGUUUCCCCCCAAAACUGGAGCUGUACUAUACACUGUUAAGAGAAACCAGAUUGGGCCUGAGGUUCUCCCCUGCCCCAAGGCAUCCCCCAGACUUCAGAAAGAGAGAGAGGGCCAAAAGGCAGUGGACCAGAGAUGCAGGGAGAAGACAUGUGUCCGGGAAACCAGACACUCAAGAGAGAUGGCUGCCCUCAAGCAGAGCUAGGGUGAAGACAAGAGACAGGACGUCCCCUGUUCAUGAAUCUCCAUCAGGAAUUGACACCUCAGAGACUUCUCCCAAAGCCCCUAGAGGGGGUUUGGCUAAAGACAGUGGAACACAGGGCAAGGGUCCAGAGGGGGAGCAGCAGCCAAAGGCCACAGAAGCUACAGUGUGUGCCAACAACAGCAAGGUCAGCUCCACGGGGGAAAAGGUGGUCCUAUGGACAAGGGAAGCUGACCGUGUGAUCCUCACCAUGUGCCAGGAGCAAGGGGCACAGCCACAGACCUUCAGCAUCAUCUCCCAGCAGCUGGGAAAUAAGACCCCUGCUGAGGUUUCCCACCGUUUUUGAGAACUCAUGCAGCUCUUCCACACUGCGUGUGAGGCCAGCUCUGAGGAUGAGGAUGAUGCGACCAGUACCAGCAAUGCAGACCAGCUGUCUGACCAUGGGGACCUUCUAUCUGAAGAGGAGCUGGAUGAAUGAGACUCUGGGAAUGCUUGGGUAUCAUCUACACAGGACCAAACCCAACAGGCGCCCUGACACCGGGGAGGAGGGGAGCUGUACUCUCCUUGUACAACCCUUGCACCCAGUUUACAAAGCUGGACAGCAGGAGCCCAGGAUGAGGACAAAGGCUGGAGGUUGGAGUCAGGCCCAGGGGCUGUGCCAUCCUAGGCAUCCUUCAAGGUCUUUUAUGAAAACCUUAGGGAUGUGCUCUGUAAAUAGCAUCGAGAGUGGAGCUCAGGUCCUUUCUCUACCUUUUCUUGGUCUGAUGGCACAUAUUUAUUGUUCCGUGGUCUAAUCACAGGGUUUCUAAAUGUAAUAAGUACGUAUGUUGGUGUAGCUAGUCUUGCGACACAGCUCCUCUGCACGAAGACACCUGCAUCCAGCCGUUGUUAUUGCAAGCUAGCGCCUCCCCCACACUGGGAACUUGAGCCCACGAGGCUGUCAGUCACCGUCCUGGUAGCACUGGGCCAGGCUUCGCAGCUCCUGCAGCAGCUCUGCUACGUCAUCGUGCUCCACUCCAGCAUCCAUGAAGCUGGCCCAGCGCCGCAAGUCGAGUUUGGUGAGGUCUCCGGCCAAGGCUUCCAGAGCCCGGUGCAGGGACGAAGAGGAACACAGUGCCCCAAACACUGGGAUGCUCUCCACUGCUGUGGAGGGAGACAAAAGCCAGACCUGUAGAUGGAUGAUUAUUCUACCCCAGGGCUCUGUCAAACUGAUAAGGAAGUCCACCCUUGGUAGUCUUGAUUGUAAACUCAAUAAAUUUUGUGUACUGCCCCCUUAGUACACCAGUACUCCAGAGGAAGAACACUUCUUGGGAGCCAUAGGGUGAAUAAAGGAAUAGUUAACUGUG